GUGACCGGAAGUGGGUGGAGGAAGCCGCGCACCGGGCCGGCCGCCGUCGUGCAGCCCGCGCUUCCACCGCCCCUGGGGGUCUGGUCUCCUCGUCGGCCAGGAUGGUCCAGCUCAGAGUCAAACGUGGGGAUGAGAACCAGUUUCUGCUGGAGGCGUCCGGGAGCAUCCCGGUGGAGGAGCUGACCGUACAGGUUACCCGCAUCUACAACGGGAGGCUGAAGGUGCAGCGACUCUGCUCAGAGAUGGAGGAGCUGGCAGAGCACGGCAUCUUUCUGCCCCCCAACAUGCAAGGGCUGACGGACGAUCAGGUGGAAGACCUGAAAUUAAAGGACGAGUGGGCCGAGAGGUGCACCCCGAGCGGAGGCUCGGUCUUCAAAAAAGAUGAAAUCGGACGACGAAAUGGACACGCUCCCAAUGAAAAAAUGAUGCAAGUUUUGAAAAAAACUAUAGAAGAAGCCAGAGCCCUUAUCUCUAAGAAACAGGCCGAAGCCAACGUGAGCAUGACCAUGGAGAUGGUGAAAGAUGCCCUGGACCAGCUGCGAGGCGCCGUGAUGAUCGUCUACCCGAUGGGGUUGCCACCCUACGACCCGAUCCGACUCGAGUUUGAGGACAAAGAAGACUUGUCGGGAACCCAGGCCGGGCUGCAGGUCAUAGAGGAAUCCGAGGCCCAGCUGUGGUGGGCGGCCAAGGAGUUGAAGAGGACCCAGAAGCUUUCAGACUAUGUGGGGAAGAACGAGAAAACCAAAAUCAUCGUCAAGAUCCAAAAAAAAGGUCAAGGAGCUCCGGCCCGGGAGCCCGUGAUAAGCAACGAAGAACAGAAACAGAUGAUGCUGUAUUAUUACAGAAGACAAGAGGAGCUCAAGAAGUUGGAAGAAAAUGAGGAUGACUGCUGUUUAGAUUCGGAGUGGGCCGACAGUACCGCUUUGAAGAAGCACUUCCACGGUGUCAAAGACAUUAAAUGGAGACCAAGAUGAAGCAGAUCAUCGGGCUGGCCUGUCGCUCUUUGGGAAACGAGAGCCAUGCUUGAACAGCGGGUGACGCUCACCUUUUUUCUCGCUGGAUUCCAGGAUCGCUUCCUGGACGUGCUAGCUGAUGGUUUGUGCACACAUUAAAUGAACAAAGUUUGUGA